GUACAGGCGUGUCGCACUGUGUGUCACAAGCACCCAAACCCGUCGUGCCAGUUUCACUGCUCUACCUGCUGUGCCGGGACUGGGACGUCUUCAUUCUGUUAUUGCUGCCACUGGGGACCUUACUGCAGCUACACAGACUAACCACCAUGGCAGGACUAAGGAUCUCGGCGCUACUACUCCUCGCCAUCAUGCCUGCUCUUCUGCCUGCCCUGACCAUCACUGAGCCCAGCACGGAGACCAUCUAUAAGGCCAAGGGGGAUUCUGUGACGUUGAAGUGCUCCUACUCCGUGGAUCCCUCGGAAACUGGAAGCCUGGACAUCGAGUGGUCCCUGAUGAACCCUGACAGCACCGGGCUUGACCAAGUGAUAAUCACCUACAUGGAUAACAGUGUUGUCCCCAAAGGACCAUCGGAGCUGAUGAGGCGAUUGUCAUUCAGUGCCACAGAUCCCAGCAAAGGAGAUGCCUCUAUCACUAUAACCUACCUCGAGCCUUCAGACUCUAGAACCCUUCAGUGCAAAGUCAAGAAGAACCCUGGGGUGGCUUCUCGCAAAGUUUCUCUGAUAGUCCAAGUGCCACCAACCCAUCCCAAUUGCUGGAUCGAUGGAGAACAAGUCAAAGGGAAAGACGUGACUCUGAAGUGUCAAGCCAAUGGGGCAACUACUCCUCUCUCUUACAAGUGGGAAAAGAUUGCGGGACCUACAAACCCCGCCACACCUCCUCUAAACAUGGCAACCGCAAAUGGAGAUCUGCUGAUCAAGAACAUAUCUGACCCCUAUGCUGGUCAGUACAGAUGCACCGUGGUGAAUUCUGUAGGCAGCGGUCAGUGCGUUGCACUUCUCUCAGUUUCAGCAGCAUCUAACCGCGCUGGUAUCAUCGCUGGGGCUGUCAUUGGUGCCCUGUUACUUCUCCUGCUCCUCCUGCUGCUCAUCUGGUGCCUUAUCUGCUGCUGCAACAAGAAACGCUACGAGAAAGAGAUGGCCAACGAUAUUAAAGAGGAUGUGGUGGCUCCACCAAGCAACUCCAAUAGCCGCUCCGCCAGUGUACGCACAGCAGCAGGUUACACGCCCCACAACAUCAGCUACUCCCUGAGAAAAGCCUACAGUGCAACCCCCACGAAGGAUAUCAAGACACCAUCUGAGACCAGCAGUAACCCUGUCAAACCCAGAAUCGAGAGUGCCCCGCCAACUCCAGAGCCAGUCUUAAUUGUGCCCGAGAGCUCUCGCACCACUCCGUACAACCUCCAAAGGGUGGGAGGCGUUCCGGUGAUGGUCCCUGCGACUAGCUGGGAAGGGUUCAUUGUCUGAAAGAGAUGAGCCCUUAGUACUAGGUGCUUACAAACCUAGAACUUUGACAUGAAGAUGACACGAUGGACACUUUUUGGUUCAAUGGAUGAAGGCCAAUAAUACUCAACUUUGUUGACCCUACUAGGACAUUCUGAAAACUCAUCAACCAAGUGGACAGGAGCUUCUACUAUAUACGUCCCUCUACCGCAAUCUCCUAUAGGUGUCCAGGUGGAUGUUAAAGAGUAUUGUGUCGGGUGGGGGGGGUCAUUGUUUUUCUUUGUUAUUGAACUACAAGAACCUACAACUGACCAAACUCUAAUUCCACAAGACCAUUAGAUAAUAACAACAUGCCCUCAGUAAUCUCAGGGAUUAGACAAGGCAAGCACUGAACUAUGGUGCGGGUUUUUCAUUAUUGUCAAUACUUCAAGACUUCUCACCCAGUGUAAAUAAAUGUACUUUGUUGAUGUAUAUAUUUAGGUACACGCAGAAUGCGCUAUUCUCAAAGUGUUUGUAUUGGGUAAAAUACGGGGGGGGGAUUAAUAUGGCAACCUAUACAACUAAUUACAUCCCUGAAAGUGGGACCUCGUAAUCUGUGUCGUGUUUGGUGGGGAUUGAGGCCAAAUCAUUGGUGGAGUGGACAUGGGUGGGUGUAUUGGGAACAGCCAAAAUAUCAAACAAAUAGGGCUUGAGCUAGAAGUACAUUCUACUUAUAGAUUAAUGGUAAAGUCUACUGGGGGGGGUUUUAUUUGUUUUUGUUUAUUUUGUUAUUGUUGUUUUGGCACUUUUUCCUUACUAAGCUUCCUUGACGUUUGAGUUGAAUUCUCCCUCCCAGAUAAACCCCACUGUAAAGUUCUCUAUAAGCUUAUUCAAAGGGGAGGGAGUAAGAGUAAAAGAAACAAAACCUUUAGCCCUGUAUAUUUUAUAUAUAAAUAAAGUAUGUUUUUAAAAAAAUAUUCAGAGCACAUUUUCAAUUCCAACCUUUGAUGAUGUUGGUGUAUAUUGUGCCUCCAUUGUGUUUCGGAAGCUAAAUGUAGUAAAAGUGAUUAUUGUGGGCAUUGGUAGCACAGGGUCCAGGAGCAGAGGCACUAGUGGGCCCCAACUAAGGUCAGUUCCAAUCAGGCCUUUCUAAUUCCCACCAUAGGCGCUGACUUCUGUUAUUGUAUCCUUAGCUAGGGGGUUCUAGCAUUGCCCUGACAAUUAGCAAGGCCAAAUAUGCUUCCUUACCCCAUUUAUACUCUUGUCUCCUGUUCCAUGUGCUUUACCCAACCAAGGGUCUGAAAAAUUAAGCAAUAAUCUAUCAGGGUCGGAAUGGGGAGUGAAGGGCCCACCGGGGCUCCUACCCCAGGAGCCCUGCAGGUGCCUGCGCCCAUAGCCCCCCCAAUCUCCCUCGCAGGGCCUCCCACCCGACGUCCUCCCCCGAGCACGUACAUUUAACGAGUCAGGGCAGGAGCAGUCAGGCAGGGGGGAGCUGCAAGGGUUGGGUCUGGGCCACCAGAGGCCCACUAGAGCCGGGGCCCAGCAGGAUUUUUCCCGGUGUCCCGGUGGCCCAGUCCGACCCUGUAAUCCAUAGUGGUGUUCCAACUGAACUACACCUAGGGUAACAGCUGAUGCGUCCGAGUUUGGACAUUUCUGCUCGGGUACCAUACCAAGGGGGUUUAUAACUGUAAGAGCUCCUCAAUGGCUGGAAGACAAUGCCCACUCAGAACUACAAGCCAACCCCAGCGGAUCUUGUCAAUGCUGCCUUAACAAGCUACGCCUUUGUAAUAAGCUGUGCGCCCAUAUCUGCUUUUUUUAAAUAUAUAUAUAUGUUUACUUUUAUAUUUUAAAUGUAUACACUAUUUUUUGUCCUUUUUUUCCCUUUGAACUGUGUUCGACCAAUAAAAUAUUGUAUUUUUUGGGUAUUCCCUCA